AUAUAUGUGUGACGCUUCGGAGCUGCGUGGUUUGUCGUGUGUGCGAUCUGUCUGUUACAGUUCCAAAAUGCCGCAAAAUAAUUUAAGGAUAAAUACAGCAGUAUGAGACUGCUCAGCGAAUCUCCAGCUCACCAAUUCAAUGCGGAAGUUCUUCUUUUGAUCGUGCACUGACUUCAUUUGUAGAUAAAUAUGAGACUCGUCAAGCCUAAUUGGGUUACUCACGAUGGGUCUCCAAUUUUUUCUGUGGAUAUUCAUCCGGAUGGCAAGAGGUUUGCCACCGGAGGGCAAGGUGGAGAUUCCGGUAGGGUAGUUAUUUGGAAUAUGGAACCAGUAUUGUGUGAAAAAGCAGAAUCAAAUUCAAACAUUCCUAAAAUGUUAUGCCAGCUGGAUAAUCAUCUUGCUUGUGUAAAUUGUGUUAGAUGGGCUAACAAUGGUUUGUUAGCAUCAGGUGGAGAUGAUAAAUUGAUCAUGAUCUGGAGAUUAGCUAAAGGAGUAGGUGGUACAACUGUAUUCGGUGUUACGUCAGGUGUAGAAACGUGGAGGUGUAUUGCUACGUUACGUGGUCAUCAAGGUGAUAUUUUGGAUCUUGCAUGGGCUCCUCACAACCCUUGGCUAGCUUCUGCAUCUGUGGAUAAUACAGUGAUUAUAUGGGAUACAAACAGGAAAUGUUUAAUAGCAGUUCUAAAAGGACAUACUGGAUUAGUAAAAGGAGUAACAUGGGAUCCUAUUGGAAAGUACUUAGCCUCACAGUCGGAUGAUAAGACCUUAAGAGUAUGGAGAACUACAGACUGGGGAGAAGAAUUGCUUAUAACUGAGCCUUUUGAAGAAUGUGGAGGUACUACUCAUGUUCUAAGACUCUCAUGGAGUCCAGAUGGUCAGUAUUUAGUAUCUGCUCAUGCCAUGAAUGGUGGUGGGUCAACUGCUCAAAUUAUCGAAAGAGAUGGGUGGAAGCGGGAUAAAGAUUAUGUUGGUCAUCGUAAGGCAGUUACAUGUGUUAGGUUCAAUGGAAAUAUAUUUCAAAAGAAAUAUAGUGGAGUAGGAAAACCUAUCCAAUUUUGUUGUGUAGCAAUAGGCUCUCGGGAUCGCUCACUUUCAGUUUGGUCAACUUACUUAAAACGUCCCAUAGUUGUUAUUCAUGAAUUGUUUGUGUCUUCAGUGUUGGAUCUCAGUUGGUCUUCUUGUGGAUUGCGUUUAUGUGCUUGUUCAAAAGAUGGCACUGUGGUUUUUGUAGAAUUUGCAGAUAAUGAAUUAGGCGGCCAGGCAUUGGAUGCUGCUCAAUUGAUUGGUCUUCAUGAGCGAUUAUAUGGAAAAUUAGCCCAAGGAGGAUGUCCUAUUGUUGAAGCACCCGAACUUCUCAAACUGUCAAAAACUCCUCCUCCUCCUCCUGCUCCGGCAAAGGAAUCGGAGCCGGCACCGCCGCCUACAACCAACUGUGUUCAAACGAUCAAUUCUGUGUCAACAUCACUAACGAAAGGUCCUUCUAAUAAGCAAAUUGAGACCAGGACUUCGGAUGGCAAACGGAGAAUCACGCCAAUGUUUGUACCUGUUGCUCCAGAAGCCUCAGAAAACGAAGCAAGCGCACCAGUUCCUACCGUAACACCUUCUUCCUCGUUUUCAAGUAGCACGCAAGUUAAAAGUUCUAUUGUUAUAGAAAAACGCGAUGAAAUCGUUCAGCCAAACGUCAGUUCGACUGCUACUAUGAAUUCUAUAGCUGCUGGGGUAGCUCCGAUGUUGAAGCGCAAAGAUCCAAACCAAAAGCCAGCUAGUAAUAGUAGUGGCCCUACAACAGAUACUAAUGCCACUACUACUAACGCGUCUCCGAACAAAAAAUCGAAAACCCUUACGGAGAGGAGCGGCAACACCGUUAUCUUUCCACCGCUGAAAGCUGCCACCGGCCCUGUCUGCCAGCAGGCCGGUCACUACGGUGUGACUAUUACGAACAAUCAAAAUCUGUAUCAGUUGCAAGUGUUUCAAGGGACGAGUGUCGAGCCACUGUGGGAACAGUAUCUGGGAUACAGUGCUACAGGACUGGCCACGUCGCCCAUUAUCGUAGGGGUGUCUUUAGAAGACGGAAGUGUACAUAGUUUUUAUACGUCGAAAGGAUCUCGCGCUGCGCCGCCACUGGUUCCACCGUCGCCCAUUGCAAAGAUUCAUGCUGCUGGCAGCAUGUUGAUGAUUAUUUCGAGCUAUGGAGACGUGCGGGUGUGGGACUUGAAUCCUAACGUCUGUCGCCUUGCAGUUUCAACUAAUGCUGCGCAUUUGGUUGCUCCCAAUACGUCGUUAAUGUGUUGUAUGUUACACAACGGUAUGCCACUACUAGCCUUCAGCAACGCCAGAGCGUACUGUUAUCACAAGGAAAUGGGUACCUGGAUGUUGAUGGGAGACAGUCUCGAUCCAGUGUGGCGGUGGUCGGCUAUAAACGCCACGACUAGCUCACAGACUGUUGAAAAUUUCCCAAGAGGCCCUCUUGCUAUGUUCCAAGAAAGCCUCAACCGAAUUGCUGGCCGUUUUAUGCCACCUCUAAGAUUGAAUCACGGUGCUUCCUGCAUAAUGUCGUACUUGGAGCAGCAAGUCUUAGCUUCUAAAGCACUUAGCAGCUCCCAGGAGUAUGUGCAUUGGCUGAUGGCUUAUGUAACUUUUCUUUGUACACACGAAGGUUUAGAAAAUCGACUAAGGAUAGUACUUGAUGAUCUUUUGGGUCCAGCUCACAGUUCUGCUAACAAGAGUUCGUCCUGGGAUCCAAUGAUUUUGGGUGUGAAAAAGCACAAGCUAUUGGAGGACGCGCUGAAAAUCCUCUCUACUCAUUUACGAUGGCAAAGACUGUUUCUCGAGUAUAAGGAACAAUUAGAGGAGCUAAAAAAAUUAUGAGAAUCUUCUGAAAAUAAGACAUAUAUAUUUUCGAUGCAGCGAAUAUUUUGGAUCAAACAACAAUUUGUAUAUUUCACGUAACUGUUAAUGAUAAAUUAAGACUGUACAGAGUUUGAUAUGAAUGAAUAAAUUAUUUUUAACUUCUACA